AUGACUUUCGCGCAAGGCUCACCUUUCCCGGAAGGUGUGAAGUUUGCCUAUAUCCCAAUAAACACGGAUGAUACCAGACUCAUUGACCCAUUGGUCUGUCAACAACCACUUCAACUCAAGCUUGACGAGGUAAUUUCGUUUCUUUCAACAACAAACCAGCCCAAGUUGCUUAUCGUCUCUGUACCAGGUGCAUGGACCCCAACAUGUGGUGAAGUUCAUGUUCCACCGUAUUUGCAAAACUUGGCAUCAUUAGGAUCAAAGGGAAUUGGCGCAGUUAUAAUCUUGGCUUCCAACGAUCCAUUUGUUGUCAACAGUUGGGGUAAAGUCUUGGUCAAGCAAUUUUACAAUGUUGAUGAUAACUCGAAAGGAAUUAUGCCAAAGGUUGUCUUUGCCAAUGAUGUUGAUGGUUUCAGUCGUAAGCAUGACUUGGCUACUGAUGUCAAUGGGUUUUCAAGAAACAAGAGAUAUGCUACCGUUAUUGAUACAAAAACAAGAAAUGUCGAGUAUCUUGGAGUCGAAACUGAGAGAAAAGUGGACAAGUCUGGUUAUGAAACAGUAUUGGCUAAAUUGUAG